UCACCAUCAUGCCGAGUCCUGCGAUAGCACCGUUUUUAGGGGCGACGGGGAGACUGAUGAGCUACAGGAACUUCAGUGAGGCAUCAGCAGUCGGGUUCCUUAGUGCUAUUUUAUUCGCCGUUUUCUCCGAUCCCGUCAGAAAUUUUGUAGAUUUUGGUGAAAAAUGGAUGGAAUUGUCGGCAUUACCCUUCCAAAUGAAUAUCGCAUUGUUGGGGUUUAUAGUCGGCUAUGGACUGGUCAAGAUCCUGAUGUUGGCUAGAAUAACUAUUCUUAAAAUGCUUCUCAAUUACCACGGAUGGAUGCACAGCCCGAAAUCAACAGCUACAAAGAUAUGGGGACUGAUGUUGAAGGCCAUUGUCGGAAAAGGCAACUUCCCAACAUUUUUCUUUCAAGCAAUGCUGCCACACCUGCCAGUUCCAGAUCUCAACAUCACCUGUGAAAAGUACCUGACAUCGAUGAGACCCCUACUGUCAGAUGAAGACUUCAUGAACCUCUUAACAGCAGUGUUGUCUUUCAAGGAGAAAGAAGGUCCCACUCUUCAAAAACACCUGCUUCAAAAGUUUGCCACAGAGGAAAACUGGCUGACAAAUUACUGGUUGAACCUGGCCUAUCUCAGCUACAGGGAACCUUCUGCUGUGAACGUGAACUGUUAUGCGACCGACAGGAAGGAUGCUUGUUCCACUAACCAGGCAGCCAGAGCAUCAAACCUUACACACUGGAUACUUAGAUUUCACGAAAGCAUCCUGGAAGAGACAUUAAAACCACAGUUUCUUCAGGACAUGAUACCAAUAUGUAUGGAGGGUUACAGAAUGCAGUUUUGUACCUCACGUAUACCAGGUAAACAUGUAGACGAACUUGUUACCUGGAAGGAUUCAAAGCAUAUUGUGAUAUUAAGAAAAGGAAGUUACUACAAAUUACCUGUCUAUGCACCUGAUAAUGAUGGAAAGGAUCGACUACUUACUCCGGCAGAAAUCCUCCCCAUCAUGGAACAUAUUCUUAAAGAUGCAGAAGAAUCAACAGACAGCACCCAAGCAGCUGUAUUUACAGCACUUAAAAGAGACAAAUGGGCAGAUAUACGUACAAGAAUGAUUGAAAGUGAACUUAAUAAAAAGAGCAUAGAAGAUGUGGAAUCGGCCAUAUUUCUUGUUUUUCUGGAUGAAGACCUGCCCACAACAAUUGAAGAUAAUGGAAAGUACAUCAUGAUUGGAAAUGGAUUCAACAGGUGGUAUGAUAAAUCCAUCUCGUUCACUAUUUGCACCAAUGGUGUAAGUGGUUGUAACGGAGAACACAGUUGCACUGAUGCCACACUUCCAGGCAGAAUGUGGGAAUACUACUUACAGAAUGAGAAGUACACCAAGGAUGGUAAUAUCAUUGCUGAGAGGUCUCGUAAGAAGAAAAUUCCUUCUGCGGAAAGGUUGAAAUGGGACAUGACUGGAUUUGAGGAAGAUUUGGAAGAAGCAGUUGAACAUUACAGAAAACUGGCUGGUGGAUUUCAUCUGAGAGUUGUGUCCCCUGAGUAUGGGAAAGGUUACAUCAAGAAGAAGAGAAUGAGUCCUGAUGGUUACAUCCAGAUGGCUCUACAGUUAGCCUACUAUAGGCUGUACGACCAAGUCCCAAAGACCUACGAAUCCGCGUCAACAAGGAUGUUCCUUAACGGUAGAACGGAGACAAUUCGUUCAGUCUCGGAAUACUCCAAACAGUGGGUAAAAAGUAUGCAGAAUGAACGAGCGACACGAGAACAGCGGAUCAUGCUUCUGAAGCGGGCGGUACAGUAUCAGACUCAGAUCAAGGUCGAUGCCAGCAUAGGACAAGGGUGGGACAGACAUCUCAUUGGACUGUUUGCCGCCUCACAGGAACUCAAGAUACCAACCCCUGCUCUGUUCCAAGACAAGAGUUUCUGGAUGCAGGACAAACUAAGUACAUCACAGACCCCGACACGCUACACUGACCAGUGGACCAUGGAGACGUCCUGCAUGGGUGGUGGCUUUGCUCCAGCCUCACCUGAUGGUUACGGAGUGUCUUACAUGAUAUAUGGGGAAGAAAUGUUGAAUUUCCAUGUGACAAGCAACAAGUACUGCCAGACAACUUCAGCAGACAAGAUGGCCGAUGCUAUUUUGGAGGCUAUGUCGGACAUGAAGGAUUUGCUCAAGUAGUUCAGUGAUGCGAUGUUCACAUGAUGUCCUGAUGCCGUGAGAGCAUAUCAUCGUACUGUAGUGUUAUGUUGUCAGGGCAUCGUACUGCAUUGGUUUUGCAUUGUGGUGUGUGUGUCGUUGGAUUAGGAGAAGAUCAGGACAGGUGUCAUUAAGAGAAAGGAAUUAAAAUUCAGCCAGAAAACUAAAAUUCAAUGAUAUUGAAGAAUACAAAUUCUGUCAAAUUUAUAUGUGGAAAAAAUAUGUCAUUCUGUUGUCAUUUUGAUAAAACUUUGUUCAGAUUUACUGCCUGGGAAACUUUACAGUUUUUGUGCAACUUGAAAGAAUGAUGGUAUUUGCUGAAACAUCCAAAAGAUUUAUUUUUCAUGUAGUUUUAGUUUUUAGUAAGUCACUCACAUAUCAAAAUUAUGUUUCCAUACAACUUAAGUUUUCAAUAUUUUCAUUUGUCAGAGGGAUACAAGUAAUUGUGUGUUUUAAAAAAAUUAUGUAACAAGCUGCAUGUUAAACUAAUUAUACUGUUGACACAAGUGGAAGAGCAUGAAGAGGCUGGUAAAAAACUAUAGUAUCUAGGAAAAUCCACAAUGUUGGGUGAGUGACUAUACGUAAUCAUGUCCAGUGGGGAAGUCAGGAGCUCCAACAGAGCUACCCAGGCGAAAGGAAAGUGCUUUAAGAUGUGCAAUUUGCCUACCCAGAAAUGAUGUCAGUGUUGUUGAAUUUUGAGAUUUCUAAGAAUUUGAGAAAGAUUAAAAGACACAUCACCCUGAUAUGUAACUAUGCCUUGUAUCUUCAGUCUCAUAUUUCGUAACAAUGCAAUUUUUGAUGAAUGCCAUAUAGAUAGUAUAUGUGUAUUGUUUGACAGUGGAUAUCUGUGGUUUUAUAUCUCACAUACUGUGAUGGGGUUCCUGUUUUAAGUAAAAUCUUACUGGUGUUGUGUAUAAAUUAAUAACAUUGACUUUUGAUUACAACAUCUGACUCCUCCAUUUUUACUACAACUCAGUUUUUUUUUUUUUUCUUCUUCUUCUUUAGAUAAACUUAUUGAAAAUCUUGAGAUUUUAAUACUGAGGAAACACCUGGCACAUUUCAUAUUUCCCUUUGGGGUGAAUAUUGUCUUUAUGAUAAUUUUGUGUCGAUGUUUGAGAAUAUGUCCGUUGACAGGAAAACCAAGAAAUGUUUGAGUAAAUGUUUCUAAUUAUGAUAAAAUUUGAUACUCAUGUUUCUCGGAGAGAUAAUUUCAGAGGUAUAAAUCGGUACAAGUUCAGCAUUAUUUUAAGACUUGUACCAAUCGGAAUUGAAAAUAAAUACAUUUCACAUUAUCUUAAGCUACUGUAAACAUACAUAUUAUGGCACUAUGAAAUUUGAGUGAAUUAUCAGCUUUUAACAAAGUAACACAAUCAUUGCAAUAUAAACAAUCAGAAAAGUUGCAAUAAACACAAAAUGUGCUAAAAGGAGAUUUUUGCAAAUGAAUGACACAAGAAGAGCUAUUAUUUUUUCUUUCAAAAGUUAAAAAAAAAGUUUUUUUGUGAAUAUGCUGGCAUAAAAAUCUCUGGAAACAUGUGCUAAUUAUGUAUAGUCAGAAAGAGCUUCAUAAUGUUUAUUAUUAAUACAAAAAAUUACAUUUUAUAUUAACUAUAGACAGAAAUGUCAUGUGCUUUUAUGUGUGAAGCUAGUUACUGAUAGUGUUGUGGUAGUGACAGUUUUGAUUUCUGACUGUUUAACGAUGACAGCUGUUUAUUGUAAUACUUCCUAGCUAUCUUAGCUAUAACUUUAGCGGAAGCUUACACUUUAGUUCAGGGACCAUGUACUUUUAUCCUGUUAAUAUGCUGCUGUUAAUUAUCAACAGCUAUUUUUUCUGUCAAAAACAAGACUCGCAGUGGUUUCUGUUGACAGUGUACUUAUCAAGUGGGAUAAUACACAAGUUUUUGUUUGUUUUUUAGUGUUUGUUAUUAACAUUGUAUGGGAUAAGUUUAUGAUAUUUCUUCUAAGAUAUUUAGUUUCAUUUGUGCAUAAAUCCAUU